GCCCAAGGGCCCAUCAUCCCACCAUGGCCACUGCAACAUCUCUGCUCCCCAAAUCCUCCACUCAUCUCUUCUCAUCUCCACUGUCCUUCAACUCCCCACCUUCAAUUCCACAAACCCAAUUCACCAAAAUCACAAUCUCCUCCAAUUCAUCAUCCAAACAGUCCCCUCACUGGACCAAACCAACAAAACUACUAGUAGUACCCAAUGCCAAGAAGAAGAACCAAUGGCUCGAUCCAUUCGACUAUGGCGAUGAUCCCGAUAUGGAAUACGGGUCCCUCUUCUCCGACGGAAAGCAAGAAGAAGAUCCGAGACCGCCCGACAAUCCGGACAAUCCAUAUGGGUUCUUGAAAUUUCCACUUGGAUACAAUGUGGAGGUCGCUUCGUUGGGAUUGAAGGUGAGGGGGGACGUGCGGCGGUGCUGCUGCGUCGUGUCGGGCGGUGUUUAUGAGAAUUUGCUGUUUUUCCCGGCAAUUCAGCUGAUAAAGGAUCGGUAUCCCGGCGUUCAGGUCGAUGUGUUGGCGUCGGCGAGGGGGAAGCAGACGUACGAGUUGAAUAAGAACGUGAGGUGGGCCAACGCCUACGAUCUAGAUGAUCAUUUCCCAGAUCCCGCUGAGUAUACGGACAUGGUUGGAAUUCUCAAGGGUAGGUACUAUGAUAUGAUACUAUCGACGAAGCUGGCGGGGCUCGGGCAUGCUGCCUUCCUGUUCAUGACAACGGCCCGCGAUAGAGUCAGCUACAUCUACCCAAAUGUAAAUUCAGCGGGCGCCGGACUACUACUAUCCGAAACAUUCACGCCCGACGGGUUAAAUCUGUCGGAUGGUGGAUAUAACAUGUAUGAUCAGAUGGUUCAAUGGUUGGGCCGGCCAGCCCGCAACGUGCCGAGACAACCUGUCCCUCCACUUAAAGUGUCCAUCUCAAGGAAGCUGAAAGAGGUUGUUGAAGCAAAAUACAAGAAAUCGGGGGCGGAGAAGGGGAAAUACAUUGUAAUACAUGGCAUAGAGUCGGAUUCUGCUGCAUCGAUGCAGUCCAAGGGUGACUCUGAUAGCUUGUUACCUAUCAAAGUGUGGAAUGAAAUUGCAAAGGCAGUAAGGGGUGCAAGGCCUGUUUUUGUGAUCCCACAUGAGAAAGAGAGGGAAGACGUGGAGGAGGUCGUCGGAGAAGAUUCGAGCGUUGUGUUCAUCACUACACCGGGCGAGCUUGCAGCACUUAUCAAUGAUUCAAUAGGAGUGAUCGCCACAAACACGGCGGCCAUCCAACUUGCAAACGCCCGCGAAAAGCCCAGCAUUGGACUGUUUUCUUCAGAAGAGAAGGGAAGACUGUUUGUUCCCAAUGCAGAAGAGAAAAGAUGUGCGAUCAUCUCAUCCAAAACCGGGAAAUUGAUCGACAUCGACAUCCAAGCCGUGCAAAAUGUGGUCCAGAUCUUCGAAGUGUCCCUAGUUCUUGCUUAGAGCAAUCAUGUUGUAUUUGAUUGAUUAUUCACCCAUCUUAAAAUGAAGGCCCAGAAGUUCAUGUAUUGAGUUCAUUCUGAUGGUAGGCGUGUUUGGAUGUACAAUCGGCUUAAAUUGCAAUAUUAAGUGGCAACAAGGUCGAAAUGAA